AUGAAAUGGAGCUUCUCUCAGGCUCUCAGGUGGAAACAGACAGGUCAGACCCGGGUCAGACCCGCGGCAGACCCGCGCCAACAUGGCGGAACAAUACAGUCUAUGUUUGGAACAGCUGUUCAGACUGACAGACUUUCCCCAGAGAGACAUCAUUCGACAAGACCAAGAUUUCAGGCAAUUCCAUUUAAGCCAAAUGGAACUAAGCGGCACCCAGGGGCCCUAAUCCUGACGAUGAGAAUUGCCUGGACACGAGCUGAAGAGAUGAAGUUAUACUUUGGCCAUACGCCACCCCAAGAGAAGACAACAGAACGGCUCUACAAAGUACGGGGGGAGCUUUCUUCGCCAGCCACACUGAAACUGGCUGCAUGGCAGUCGGACCACAUCAUCCUUGGAUCCGGAGCGGUCAGUGGCACAGAGGUGGUGGUCGUCCUGUUGCUGUCUUCCCUAAGAAACAACUGCUUUUGGUUCUGCAUUUCAGGAGUCGCCGAGGCCUUCGCCCAAGGCCUAUAUCCGUCAGCGCAGACGCACCCUGCCGACAGGGCCUCCCUAUUACUCCUGAUUUGA